CUUGGUUGCUAUCGAACAGCAGCAGGGUCUGCCCUUCCCUUUUAGUCAUUGGCUUGCCACCGUGACCACAAGCCAUGUGGUUUACGCAGCGACCAAUGAAACCGAGGCAAUGCUCCUUUAAUAGUGUUCUGCCUUAAAGAGACAGCAUCAAGUGGCUUGUUUGUUUUAUUCCUGAAACCCUUCCUCCACAAUCUUCUCCACUCAUACUAAAUAGUAGGGUUCUUUGUGGAUCAAAUCAGGAUCUUAGUUUAAGGACUGAACAGGAGUGUGAUGAAAGGUCACCAUCCGUGUGUGUGUGUGUGUACACAUUUCUUUGUGUCUGAAUGUGUGCGUCUUUGUGCACACACAAUGUGAAGUCUCCUGGGGCAAACGGAGUCUCUUUGAAUAUGUCGCCGCCUUUUAGCGGCCGUAAGUACGCUGCAGAAAUCCUCCACGCCGUGCCAACAUGGAGGUGCACACAUGAAUAUUCCCACUCAGUCUCUCACCCUUACUCACACCCUCGCUCACACACAUAUUUUCGACAGACGUACAUGCUGUCUGGCUGCACAUGCGCACUUGCUCUCGGAGAGGAGGCAAGCACAGACACACGCACGCACGCGCCUGCAGCCACACUGCCUGAUUAGCUUGCGAGAGCUGUCUACAGCAUCCAGGGAAAUGGCGCAAGAGGCAGAGCAUUUGAGGAGGAACGGCAGCCUAAAGCGGCGGGAUUAGACCUCUGGCGUUUUGGCCAGCCGAGGCAUGGAUUGAGCCGGAGCAGAGCGCUGGGCUACGGAGGUAUCGAGAGGCAGCCCCGUGCACUGAGUGUUGCUGGCGGUCGGGGUGAGACGGCACAGACGGGCUGAUGCGCCGGUAGGACUGGGCCGGGCCUCUGGAUCCGUACCGUGGGGGAGGGGCAGGCGACACAAGGAGAAGGGAGCCUGUUUUUCCAGACCAGAGCCGUGUGUGAUUCUCCAGCCUGACCGUCUGCUACAGGGCUGCUCGCAUCCCUCCCUGUCUCCUCAGCUCCCGCCUUUCCUACGUUCUCUCCAUCCUUGUUUUUCUCUAGCCACCAUCAUCUCAUCCCCCCCCCCCCCCCCCUCCAACCCCCCUCUCCCUUUCCCAAUGUUCCUGCUGUCAUCCCAGCUCCCCAUACCAACAUCACUCAAUACAACAAUCAUCUGUCUGUCUUGAUUUUAUCAUCUCUGCAUUCCACUCGCCUCCAUCAUCUAAAUCUUUUAUUACGGCUUGUCAAGCUGCUCAGCUCCUGCAACAUAAUUUUUUGGGUGUACAUCUCUCUCACACUGCCACUCAUCUGCUCCACUCGGCUCCUCUCUGUGCCCUUCAGACGGUCCCCCGCUCCCCCUCUGCUUCCCUCCAUCUUCGCUUGUUCGGCUUCCGUCCACCUUUUACCCUGCAGAAGGCUACAGAUUUGGGUCAGUCUGCUCAGCAAAUGGGAUGAGAUGUAGUCGCCACAGCAGCCGGAUCCGGGGGGGGCUCCUGGUCUGCCCAUCAAGGGAGACCCUCAUCUUCUGACCACAGAAGGCUGGCGCCUGACUCAGGACUGACUGGGUGGCCUGCUUCGGGGUUCUGCAUGUAGGCAAGGACAAUCUGCACCAGCAGCCCCUGCCCUCUCCCCCUUUCCCCCGUUCCUUCGCCCCCCUCUUGGGGCAGCCGUCACUCUGGAGUGUCCCGGCUUGACUGGCUGUGGCCUUUCCCCACACGCCCUGACGACGCCCUCAUGCCACUGGGGCACCCGCAGCGCCCCCGCCCCGAUCCACUACCGCACCUCCUGCCUGUGCCAUCGGCCCAAACCGCCCGUCACCCUCAACAUGGGUGUGGUGGAGGCCAUUGACCCGGCGCCAUCUUCCUGCCCCUCACCUGUACCGGGGGGCUACAGGCUGCCCCGCUCCUCCAGCUACAGCCCCCUGCAGGGGAGGGCAGGGGCAGAGCUGGACCUUGGUGCGGCGGCGGGAGGAGUUCUGGAGGGGGGUGGGACGGCGGCGGAGCGCAGGACGCCCUUAGUGGACCUGUUCUGUGAGACCUGCUCCAGGCCCUGGCUCAUCGGUUGGUGGGACCAGUUCAAGAGAAUGUUGAACCGGGAGCUGUCCCAUUUGUCAGAGAUGAGUCGCUCAGGGAACCAAGUGUCAGAAUACAUCUCCACUACCUUUCUAGAUAAGCAGAACGAGGUGGAGAUCCCAUCUCCAACCUUGAGGGAGAGAGAGAAGCCCAUGUGUCACAUCAGCGGUGUGAAGAAGCUCACGCACAGUUCCAGCCUUUCCAACUCCACCAUGCCUCGCUUCGGUGUGAAGACUGAACACGAGGACGCGUUAGCCCGGGAGCUAAACGACUUGAACAAGUGGGGCCUUAAUAUCUUUCGUGUGGCAGAGUUCUCUAAUAAUCGACCCCUCAGCUGCAUAAUGUUUGCCAUCUUCCAGGAACGAGAUCUACUAAAGACCUUUCGGAUCCCUGUGGACACGUUUGUCACGUACGUGAUGACCCUGGAGGAUCACUAUCAUGCCAAUGUGGCCUAUCACAACAGCCUCCACGCUGCAGAUGUCACUCAGUCUACUCAUGUACUGCUCUCCACGCCAGCUCUGGACGCUGUGUUCACUGAUCUAGAGAUACUAGCUGCGUUAUUUGCUGCUGCCAUUCAUGAUGUGGAUCAUCCAGGAGUAUCCAACCAGUUCCUCAUAAACACCAACUCAGAGUUAGCCUUGAUGUAUAACGAUGAGUCGGUAUUGGAGAACCAUCACCUGGCUGUGGGUUUCAAGCUGCUUCACGAGGACAACUGUGACAUCUUUCAGAACCUCAGCAAAAGGCAAAGACAGAGCCUGAGGAAACUUGUUAUAGAUAUGGUUUUGGCAACAGAUAUGUCUAAACACAUGAGUUUGCUGGCAGACCUCAAAACAAUGGUGGAAACCAAGAAAGUGACAAGUUCUGGAGUAUUGCUGCUUGACCACUACACUGAUCGGAUACAGGUGUUGAGGAACAUGGUGCACUGUGCUGACCUGAGCAAUCCCACCAAGCCCCUGGCCGUCUAUCGACAGUGGACGGAGAGAAUCAUGGAGGAGUUUUUCCGCCAGGGAGAUAAGGAGAGGGAACGAGGAAUGGAGAUCAGCCCCAUGUGCGAUAAACACACCGCUUCUGUGGAAAAAAGUCAGGUGGGCUUUAUUGACUACAUCGUCCACCCCCUGUGGGAGACGUGGGGGGACCUCGUGCACCCCGAUGCCCAGGACAUCCUGGACACGCUGGAGGACAACCGGGACUGGUACCAGAGCACGAUCCCUCAGAGCCCGUCGCCGCCCCCCGUGGGCCAGGACAAGGAGCUGAACGCUUGCAUCGACAAGUUUCAGUUCGAGCUCACCCUGGAGGAGAGCUCUCAGGCGGAGCAGGAGGAGGACGAGGGCGACAAGCCCAUGGCCAACCACACGGCGCAGGACUGCGGCCGCGGGGCGGAGGAGAGCAAAACGGAGGAGGAAAGUAUCAUGGCGGAGGAGGGGAACCAGGACAUAAUUGAGGAGGAGGACGAGGUGGCGAUGGAGGAGGAGGAGGUGGAGGAGGAGCUGAAGGCUCCGUCGGGCGGGGGGCCUGAAAAGGACAGACUUUCUGACACAAGUCCUGUAGAGGAAGAGGAGGAUUCUUCUUCACAAGCUGAAGAUACAUGAGUUCUGCUCCUGUACGUCCCUCCCCAUUUGCACACGUGAUCUUGUUCAUCGUUUCAAUGGCCAAACCAAGAACAAAUAAGACUGCAAUGACAAUACAGACCUUUAAAUAUAUUUUUCAAAAAGGGAAAUAAAUUAAAAUCGCUAAAGAGAAGUUAAUUACACAGCAACUGUAGAUUCGGAGUGGUGGCGAGUCCUUCGACUGAUUCCACAAUGAACUUUUUAGACUGACAGGAAACGAGGAGCGCGUUAAGGUGGGUGAGUGAGGGUCAGCGUAGCACUCUGGGACUGGAAUGCACACACAUAAACACACACAAAGCGACACACAAACGCACACGACCAAGGUGAAAGCGGGAACAAGGCAGGCAGGAAAUGCCGAUCCAGAAUGUGCACGCACACUGAGCUCUCAUGCUGCUCGAUUCAGUUCAUAUUUAUACCGAGUGUCUUCGGAAUCGCAGAGGAACAUCCACACAAGUAAAGAUAAACUCACACACACGCACACGCGGUAUGUUUGUGUGUGUGCAUUACACGAGGGACACUGAUCAGUAAUGAAUCUCUUUGGAAAAAGCCAUCCCUUAAUGGAGUAUUAACUAGUGUUCAGUCAGUAUUAGUAAUCCAUGUUUGUUAGAAUCUCAAUAGAAACUGUUCUCCUCAGAGAAGCUACACGUCGAGUGACUUUUUUUUCCAUUUCUGUCGGAAAGAAAAACGAGAGAAUCCACAGAGUUGGAGGAGGAGGAGAGGGGAGGAUACUUAAGGAAAGGAAGAUGCUGCGAUGAAGGGGCCGUCGGGCCCCGUAACCCCUUUUCCCUUUACAAGGAGAGUGCUACUGGUGCAAGAUGGCUCUGUGCCUUUCUGAAACACCAGCUUCCUGAAUGGAGCUGUCGUGAAGCAAUGCAUUGUGGGACAGGAGUGUCUGAUUUUGUUACCAUUUUUGAUUGUCUCUUGUUGAAGAUCUUCUCUUUACUGUUCAUGGUAUUGUGGUGUGUAUCUCACACGUACAGUUUCUGUGGUGAUAUGUUUUCAGCUGUAAGUCUUCCUUUGUUGCUCUUCUGGUAAUAUAAUAACUCAGAACUCUAGAUGCAGAGCAAUCACUACCGCCACCACAACCGCCAGUGGACUCUUUCCAGCUUGUUUUCUUUUCUUUUUUUUCUUUUUCUAAUUAUACUGAUUUUUUUUUUUUUUAACUUUCUGAGAAUAAGCCAUGUGAUGCUUUGAAGCAUACGUUUUCUGCCUAUUUUAUAUUUAACGGUUGCUUAAUGCGUUUUAAGGGAAUACGGAGUUCUUUCAUCAGCAAAACAAACUUUUUGCUCGCCAUCUCACACCCACUUGCACUGUGUGUUUGUGUGUCGUCAUACGCAACAGUUUUCACCAAAGUAGAGGAUGAGAAACUUAAGUGGGUGAAGUGAGUUUAAAGGUACAGUCUGUAAGAUUGAAGUGAGGCUGUUUUUGAGCACUAGGUGGCAGCAGCGAGUCACUGUUUCAGAGCUUUGGCAUUUAUUAAUUAAAUUUCGUAUUACUUCUUAUUAUUCGUUCUCCUGUUCUUGAACUGAAUGCAGGGAAAAUGGCAGAGUGGCUCACGGCCACCUUGUUAGCCCGUUAACUUUGGUACAUUUCUCUACAACAUUUUGAUUAUUUUAGCUCGUUUCUGACCGAAAAUAUUACAUACUGUACCUUUAAAGGAACGUGGAUGAAUAGGAAAAUCAGGGAGGCAGAAUGUCAGGGGGAAGAGGAGUACGACUUAGCCAAAAGGAGGUCUGGCAGUCCCUAAUCAUCCUUGUUAUGUUUGAUGCUUUUUUGCCUUAAUGUCAGACGCAGGGUACAUACCUGCCAGUAUGUAGAUUUCUAAGAUAUAAAAUAGAUGUCCUAGUAUAUUUAUAUCAUGUCUGUAUGCUUAUUUCCGUAUCAGUGUGUCUAUACACAAUGUAUCCAGCAUUGCAUUUAAAAAGGGAACGGGAGGAGACAUUGCUGCCAUUUAGUCGUGUUGUUGCUGUGCUCGGACCAACUUAAAGAAUGUGCUGUUUUUUAAUUAGGAAGGCAAAUAUUACUGUCUCACAACUCUCUGGAUUAUCGGGAGGCAUUCACAAUAAAUAGGAAAUCGGAGUUUGCAGGUGUUAGAUCGAAUAAGGGUGUCUUUUGUUUGAAUCUGAGUCAAACUGAUGUGUGUGUGUGUAUAUGUGAGUGUGUGUGUGCAUGGCUGAUUGAGUGAUAUGAGCAACAGUUAAAAGGGAUCACAGGGAGGAGAGAGAGAUGUUAACAUACAUGUCACUUUUCGCUCACUGGCGUCAACCAUGUCUUGUCGAAAACGGUGUCCGGGACGCGACCAGCACAGUUCGAACAGGUCACAGCUUGUUUAAGGUGUUUGUUUUCUCACAGGGUAAAUACAAAUAGCUCUCACAAAAGACAACAAGCGUGGUUUCUUUGGAAGGUAGGAGCACGUUUCUGCAGGUCAGUAACUGAGCUUAUCUGAAGACACCACAGCUGGGUGCAACAGGAGCCUGUGUGUUUGACCUGCUCCGUCGCAGGAUGGAGCAGAGCUGCGGGGCCGCCACACAGACUUCUCCUUUGGUGGAAUGGGAAUCCAGAAUUACUACUGCAGUAACUUAAAUAAAAA